UAAAUGGUACACUCGUUUUGGUGUCCGGCAAUAGCCGUUUGUUUAUCCAGUGGACACAAAUGAGUGUUUAUUUCUCCACCACAGCAUUGGCCGAAUGAUGCUCGUGUCUUAAACCAAAUAGCGAACCUCGAACGUACGGCACCAUUGCACUUAAUUUAUUAGCAUACGUAAUACAUACAUAUUUAAAUGUGGCCGGCAACUGAGCGAAGAGUCACACUACACAUAUCGAGUGUACCUACAGAUUAACAUGCGAUUUGUGUCGGCCUUGGCGGGUAAAAUCAAACACAACUAGGAAGUAGGCAUGUUGUUUGAGGGGGUACGGGUAGUUUGAUCUAUAUAACUAUCAAGACAUGGCUCCGGUAAAAAUAAAACACGUCGUUUCUUUCACUUCACAGGACCCCAAAAGUACAGUUGGCAACCUGUUUGGUGAGGAUGCAGGCACCCGAUCUUGGCUUUGUAACCCGCAAGACCACAGUGGGGUCCUUAAAGCAGAGUUGCAAUUGGAGCAUAUCACUUGUAUUAGAUAUAUCGAUGUGGGGAACUGUGGAUCCGCGUUCAUCCAGAUUGAUGUAGGGCGCUCGUCUUGGUCGCUGGACCACCCAUACACCACCCUUUUACCAACCACAACCUUAAUGAGCCCUGCGGAAUCACGGCAGGGCAGCGUCAGGACGGGAGUGCGAAUGUUCAAGAAAGGUGACUUCUUGUCAGAGGGUGCCGAGGACAGCUGGGACCGAGUGCGAGUCACCUGUUCUCAGCCCUUCAACCGACGUUCCCAGUUCGGCCUGUCCUUUCUCCGUAUCCGAAGUGCCCAGGGGGAAAACGACUGUGUUCCCACACAGCAGAAAGCACUGGAAGGACUCUCACCAGGUGUGGGACAGUGGCUCUCCAGCCCGGCAGUCCAGAAAACCUUCUUUCGGGAAAAGAGUCGCAAGGACUUUCCGAUGGCUUCUGUCGGUUUGAGUCGGACGGCACGCAUGGUACUUUCAGCUGCCUCCCGCCACCCUGCACCGAAGUCUCUAUCCAACGCACCCUCUAGUCCUCCAAACACACGUACCUCCCCCUCGGCCAAGGCUGACACAUCUACACCUUCCACUGCAGAAGAAGAUGUACUGACCAGUAAUAUACACCCGCACACAGCUUCGAAGGCGUGUUUAUUCUCAGCUCUCAGCCCAAAGGACAAUAAUAAUCUCCGACAACCAAAGAGUAAGAAAAACUCCAACACAAGAUGUGAUCAGCUAAAUGAGACUCCCUGUAGUAAACAGAGAAGACCUGCGAGCAGGAGGUCUCCCUCACCAGUCUCUACAGCCAUGCUCCCUGCUCACUCUCCUGCUGUAGAUAUAGAGACCACUUGCCCUAUAUGUGGAGAGAUGUUCACGGCGGAAUACCUACCUCUCCACGCCUCUUCCUGUCAGGAGACAGACGCAGUGCACCCUGGGAUUGCGAGUUCUCUCCCCCUGUCCCCUGACCCUCCCUCUAGCCCGGAGGACAUGUUUCCUUGCCCUCUCUGCUCCUUCCGAUUCCCUGCCUCUCGCAUCCAGCUGCAUGCCAGCACCUGUGAAGAAUUGAGCCCCUUCAUUUGGCUGGACUGAGCUAAUUAAAAUUGGCUACAUAUGUCUUUUAUAAAUUUGUAGUUACUCUUUUGAUACAAAAUAUAUUUUGUAACGGAGACUUUAAUAUUUCUGUUUCCUCUUGAUCGCACGAAGCUUGUUAAGAGAACCUUGUUUCUGCUCGUACAUGUUUACGAUUUAAAUGUUGUCUAUUAAUGAUUACACACUAAAAUAGUAUGUAUACUUACUGCUGUGAUGUUUGAAUGGGAUGAACAAAACCAACGAUUUAUAAUAAAAUGUUA